AAAACCUGCAAAAUGUCAUAUAACGAAAUGACAUUUCUAGUAUUUCAUUUCAGUUCAGUCAAACUGAAAGAAAAAAUGGAAAGGACGUAAACAGAAAAUUACAAUAAAUUUAAUUAAAAUAAUUUUCCUCUCUAAUCAUGAGUAACCGUAAUCCAAAUACAUUGAUGACUAUCCCAGACGAACAGUUUGACUAUCUAUUUAAAAUUGUGUUAAUCGGAGACUGUGGCACGGGGAAAACAUGCAUUGUGCAACGAUUAAAAUCAGGGAAUUUUAUCGAAAGACACGGGAAUACGAUAGGCGUUGACUUUUCUAUGAAAACACUAAUAGUAGACGGAAAGAAGGUCAAGCUGCAAAUAUGGGAUACGGCCGGCCAGGAGCGCUUCAGGACAAUCACCCAGAGCUAUUAUCGUUCCGCAAAUGGAGUAAUUAUUGUAUACGACAUUACGAAGCGUUCAACAUUCUUAUCACUCCAAAAAUGGAUUGAAGAGGUGAGACGGUAUACAUCGUCAAAUGUGAUAGUAUCAUUGAUUGGUAACAAGUGUGAUUUGGCGGAGCAACGGGAGGUUGAGCCAGAUGAACCAAAAUCCUUCUGCCGCUAUGUGCCUGAAAUCAUGUUUGUGUUGGAGACAUCGGCCAAAGACAACACCAAUGUUGAGGAUACAUUCCGGAGCCUAGCCACAGAAUUAAAGAGGCAACAUGACAACAGUGAAGGGCCACCAGCAGAGUCCGACUCAGUAGUCCUCGGAGAGAGCCACUCCAUAAGCAGAUGUCAACCUUGUCGCUCAUCUUAGAUGAGAAAUCAGGUAUUUUAUAACAAAAUAUUGUCACAAUCUAGGCUAUGUAAUUUGAUACCGUUAAAUAUUCAGGCCUCUUUCUAAUUUAAUUUACUUAGUUUUUUUUUCAAAUCUUUUUUGAGUUUUACUUAUUUCCUCCAUUUUUUGUUUAUAACAAAGUUUUAUAAAUGCAUCUGACACAUGUACAUAAAUACCUAAGUAAAUACUAAAACGCGCCCAACAUUUUUAUCGUGUAGUGCUAAAAAUUCCAAGUGAGAAUAACCCAAAAAGGUAAAUUCAAAGUGUAAUAAAAAUUGUACAGUAGAAGUAGGUAUGACACUGACAACUUAUAUCUUAAUGAUACAGUUUAGUAAUAAAACAUUAAGUAAAAUAAAGCAGUUACCAGGAAGAAUUUAACCUAUACAUGCCCAUUGGGUUGUUUUCGAUACACAGGAAAAUAAUCUCUCCUACUCAUUAAAAAUAGUCUGAAGUCGAGGAGUCCGAACCAAAAACAAUUUCUGGGCAUAAAUGGGUUUAAGUAUCAAUCAUAUGAACUGAUUCUUCUGAGAACAAUGUAUCAAUAAGUAUGCACAUAGUGUCAUUACUUUCCCAGUAAUGUUACUCAUUUUCUGGUAGCUGUGGGUUGGUAUGUUCGUAACGUUGAGGCCUGACGUUUACAUCGUUUUGAGAUUUACACACAUUUACAGUAUUUGUUUAUUCUUCUAAUGUGCCUUUAGUCAUGAAAUCAGGUUAGUUGAAAUUGGAGAUGUUUUUUUUAAUGAGUUAUUUUACGCUUAUCCCCUGGACUGCAUAUUCCUUAUAAAUGGUAUAAUUUACUCGAAUUUAAUUUAGUAAGAAAAAAGCUUAUGGUUGAUAUUGUAGGUAGGUAUAGGUAUAUGGAUUUUUCUGUUUUCCUCUUUUUGGAUUGUCAUUUACGUUAUAUUUGUAAAAAAAAGUAAUUAUGACUACAUACACAAUCUUGUAUUAAAAGUGUGGAUAUUGAUUUAUCCAACAACUAAUAAAUCAUAUGAAGUCGAGCACGGCAAAGAAAGUUUCUCUGGGAAAGUAAAUUCUAAGCUAAUAAGUAGAUGUUUAUGUAGGCAGCAAUAAAACUCGGUUUCCACCGUCUUGCCUAUCGGGUACAGGUACGGGUACGGGUCUUGGUGUGAAAGUAGCCCAUAUAAAUAUAUUUCGGCUUGCCUACUGAUUAUUUUGACAUCUAAUCUGAUGAUAUUCAAUUGAAAUGAAAAAAAAAACUGUUAUUGACAUUUAUGAAAUCUCAUUUUCUUCAUGAUAUAUUUACUUUAUUUUUAAAGUCACUGUUUAAUUUUUAGUUGGUGCUCAUAGUAAUGAUCUUUUAGCUUGUAUAGUGGAUGAAUUUAUGUAUAUGUAGAUGGGCUCGUUUGGUGGUAACAUUAGGGUUAAGAUCAUGACAUUCAUGACCACCAUCAGUUUCGAUAUUGUAAAUUAUUAGAUAAUGUAAUUGUACCACCUAGUCGAGACUGAUAUAAGCCAUAUAUUAGUAUUGAUUGUUAUAAACCCAGAAUUGUAUGCAUAAUUAUAUAAAUUAUAAGUAAAAUCUUAAGCAUGUAAUACUCAGUCCGGAUUAGUCAAAAUUAAGUCCUUUUACAUUGUAUGAAGACUCGAUUUUCUUCAACCUCAUGCUUUAACGCGUAAGUGGGUUUAUUACGUGUAAUAUGCCAAGUUUUACUAUAACAGUUUCAUGCAAGACGGCGUAACUAAAUUUUAACGACUUUAAGGAAUCUUUUGUAUUUUUUGUUCUAUCAUAUGAACUAUGCAUACAAAAACUUUCUAUGAAUUAAUGGUGCCUUUUUGUAUGCAGUCAAUGCAUAAGGUCCGGCAUACAUUCAUAAUCAUGCUAAUCAAUGAAAUACAUAACAUGAAGAUAUUACAUAUUAGAAGUCGAAGUUACAGUCUUCUUGUUAUCUUUAUGCAGUAUCAGAAUAUAAACCAGAUUAGAUCUCUGAUUCUGAUAAGAUCUCGGAGCGGUUAAAAUGAAAGAUUUUAGAGCUAACGCAAACGGCGGUUUUUGAUGAAAGACAAUCGGGCGUUUCGAAUCUAACUCCUACAUAAUUAUGUCCUAUAAUAUUGGGAUUGGCAGGAUCUUGCUCAAUACAGGAAGGAUUGGAAAGGGAGAGGGGAGGCCGUUGCCCAGCAGUGGGACACACAAAGAGGCCAAAAAUAUUAUACAUACUAUUUUACUACAUCACUACAUGUAACCGUUUCUCGGAUUUGGAAUACGUGGUAGCAGAUAUAUACAGGGCGUCCCUAGACUGGGACAUUAACUUAACGGAAAGUACCUUAAAUAUCGUAGAUAGGAUAUCUUGCUGAAAGAAGACUUUAUGUUAUUUAUAAAAGUCAGUAAUUCUGCAUUUAAAGAUUUUCUAAGAAUUACUUGCUUCGUCUGGGAAUCGAACCCACUUAAAUGUGAAAUAAUAGUUACAUGCGUGAUAUAUUGCGUGCCCGAAAUAUGGUUAGAACAUCACAUGUGUAUCGCUCGAAAAACCGCCGUACGCGCCGGCCCUAAAUGUUGCGAAGCAUCGCAUGUGUUCAAUAUUCAGGAAAUUUAAUAAGUAGGUGCUUCUGUAAUAAAUCAGAUUAAAUGCUUUUAUAUAGACAAUUAUCCGUAAAAUAGCCAAAAGUGCGUCGUUUGUACUUUUGUAAGGACUGAGUCUGGCUUAUUAAGAGGCAAUAUAAAUGUAAUCUCGUCGAUGUAGAAAAAGUGAGCUUUGGUGCACACGUGUAUAAUGUAAGUACGAUUUCGGCGAGUAGUCAACUGCCCGAUCGGCGGCGAUAAGCGAGUAGCGAUUUUCUCUUAGAAAAAUUUCUUCAAGAACCGUUAGUGACGCAUCACUAAUAUAAUCGUAUUCUUCUCUUUUCACAUGGAAGGUACAUGUAUUAUUCAUAUUUCUUGCGCGAAACUUUUAGUCGGUCGCUCGACGCUGGUGCCGACCCUUAUGCUGGAUGGGCACCUGGGUACUCCGCAAUAGUUCAGUUCUAACUAAAAAUACUUUUUGUUGUAAACUGUAUGUUUUAAGAAUCUUACAGUUUUAUGGAAUAAAUGAGGAGUAUCCGCGUGUGGAGGUACAUUAUUUAAACUACAGUCGCCACCAGAUAUAUCGGAACGGCCAAGGUGCUCACAAGUAUCUGAACACGCACUCUAACGCUUUGACAAUAUUAUAGAGGCGUGUUCAGAUAUUUGAGAACCCCUUGGCCGCUCCGAUAUAUCUGAUGGUGACCGUACCUACGUAUUGGCUAUGACGAUGUGAGGCAGCAACAACCGAUGACAAUGUACAUCAUGGCAAAAACUUGAACUGCGGUGGACCCAAUUUGUCAAUUAGGUAAUCAAUAUGAUCUUUAACUAACCAACCAAUUGGCUCCCUUAAUCGUGCUCAUAGCCAAUAUUUUUGAUUAUCAUGAACUCCAGCGCGAGCAUAAAGGAGGCUCUGGGCCGUUGUAUAUAAAAUGUAUCUUAUUGCUCGCCUACUGCUCGCAUUGCAAAUAUGGAGGCACGGUAGUGCCCCCCCCCCCACCCCCCAUCCUUUAAUUCGGACACGUAGGGUUUUACGACCUUCAUAGGAAGUAACCACUGAAAUUGGCUAUGAUAUUGAUUGAACAAAGAUAUUAGAAAAGAUGCCCUAUUUAAUAAAACAAUAUUUACAAUUGAAUUAUUUUAAACACUUGUGUAUUGCAAGUAUCUGCCGUAGCUUGUCAUAUAAUUGUAAUGACCUUUUAGUAAAAUAAAAUACAAUUUUGUAAUAUAAAUCAUUAUAUUUUUAUUAAGUAGUUCUAAAUGUUAGAGGUCACAUGGUUUGCUAUAUAUGGCCAGAUAGAUGUCCAAAUAUUACAUGAAUUCAUCUUUUUCUUUUUUCAAGCAGUGCGUUUAGGAUUUUACAAAUCUAUGCAAAAAAACAGUCAACAUUGUCGAUUGUGUGGCGUAAGAUAUAAAUGUUAGAGUGAGACAGACUACUUUUGAGUCUAUCUCCUAAUUCCUAUAUCGUACAUGUCUUUCUGUUAUGCAGACCAUGUAGAAAACCCUUUAGAUAUUUACAUGAAUCGGAAUUGUAGAAGUAUCGUCCAAACAUAAUAUCUAAAAUUCCUAUUAAUGGCGAGGCGUCACAUUGACUCAAAAACGCUACAAAAGUUGGCAGUUGUUAUUACAUUCUUUGUGGUCAAUUUCUAGGUUAGAAUUCAGUUUCAAUAUGGACGCCCCGCCAUUAAGGGUACUUCCCUAUAUUUCCCUGGAAUAGGUAUGUUUUGCCCAAUAAUCAACUAUAUUCUCCUAAGUCCCGAUGUCCUUUUAAAAUGUCAAAAUCAAAUCGAAUUUUAAACUAUAAUGAAAUAAAAAAGGUUCCAAAUUCGAAAUGACUGGAACUUAGGAGGUUAUUGAAGACCCCUCAGCUUGGAACUAUACCAGUAUCAAAACCAUCUGACCAUGAGCAUGAAGAUGAAGCAGAUAGUAUAUCGGAUCUCUCGUUCGCACCCGUGCCGCACAUAAUUUCUAUUACUUCAUUAAUCAAUCAAUCAAAUCAUCUUCAUCAGAUAGUUUUGAUUCAAGUAUAACUGGAAGUACCCUAAGAUUAUUAAUAUAGUAGAAUUAGAUAUCAGUAGUCACGUUAAACAAAAUAAUACCGUUUAAAUAAAGCCUUAGGGCCUAAAUUUAUAGAUAAUUUAGUUAUAAGUCGAAUCUCUGUGAUUUUGUUUCUCAGUGCAUCUAUUUUAAGUCUUCUAAGUUGUAACACGGCCUCUUUUAGUCAAUUUUGAUUGUAUUAAUCACUGGUAAUUAAAGUUAAUAUAGUUUUUUUAUGACCCUCAUCAUAUAUGAAUAAUGAGUAUAUUAUAUUAAUUUACUAAAUGCAUCCAAUCCCACUUAUUAAAAAAUAUUUUUAAGAUUAAUGCAAAUUUAUUUUCUGUACACAUGAAAUAAAAAUAUUGUUAUACACAA